GCGACGGUGCUUCGGCGUCCCUAGCUUGCGUGUGACGGAAGAUGGAGGAGAACAGCAGAGAGCAUCUCGAUACUGAUAAUGAAGCAGGAGGAGAGGAUGCUCUGGUGGGCAAUGUAAACAAACUGAUGGUCACCCCAUCAGGAUACUCGGGACCACCCAGGAAAGGACACCUCAUCUUUGACGCCUGCUUUGAAAGUGGUAACUUGGGCCGUGUUGACUACAUCACUGAAUUCGAGUUUGAUCUCUUCAUCAGGCCUGACACGUGUAACCCACGCUUCAGGGUGUGGUUUAACUUCACAGUGGAAAAUGUUCGAGAGACCCAGAGAGUGAUUUUCAACAUUGUGAACUUUAGCAAGACCAAGAGCCUGUACAGAGAUGGGAUGUCCCCUGUGGUGAAGUCCACCAGCCGGCCUAAAUGGCAAAGACUGCCGGCCAAGAAUGUGUAUUACUACCGCUGCCCAGACCACAGGAGGAACUAUGUGAUGUCUUUCGCCUUCUGCUUCGACCGCGAGGACGACGUUUAUCAGUUCGCUUACUGCUACCCCUACACCUACUCGCGUCUGCAGCAUUACCUGGCCAGCCUGGAGCGCAGAAAUCUCGAUUACCUGAGGCGUGAGCAGCUGGGCUUCAGCGUGCAACAACGACGGCUGGAUCUUCUGACCAUCACAAACCCUGCCCAUCUGAACCAAGAGAGAGAAAAACCAGUGGUGUUUCUCACAGCCCGGGUUCAUCCUGGAGAAUCACCUGCUUCUUUUAUCUGUCACGGUGUCAUUGACUUUCUGGUCAGCCAGCAUCCCAUCGCUCAGGUGCUGCGCGAUCAUGUUGUCUUUAAAAUCGUGCCCAUGCUCAACCCCGAUGGCGUUUACCUGGGAAACUACAGGUGUUCUCUAAUGGGCUUCGAUCUGAACCGUCAUUGGCAGGAUCCUUCCCCCUGGGCCCACCCCACACUACAUGCUGUCAAGCAACUCAUAGUCCAAAUGAACCAAGACCCGAAAGUGAGUUUGGAGUUCUACAUCGAUGUCCACGCCCACUCCACCAUGAUGAAUGGCUUCAUGUACGGUAAUGUCUUUGAGGAAGAGGAGAGGGUGCAGAGACAGGCCGUUUUUCCUCGACUACUGUGCCACAACGCACCUGACUUCUCUCUUUCCAGUACAUCAUUUAAUCGUGAUAUGGUCAAGGCCGGCACCGGUCGGCGGUUUCUUGGUGGCCUAUUGGACGACACAUCUUACUGCUACACGUUGGAGGUCUCCUUCUACAGUUACCUGACGGCAGGAAGUACCUCACCUGUGCCGUACACUGAAGACAGCUACAUGAAGCUGGGUAGAAACGUGGCCCGGACGUUCCUGAAUUACUACAAACUGAACAACCUGAUAGAUGAGAGCAAGCUAACAGGACACAUUCACAGCACAUUUGAUGGAACAUCCACCAGUCAUCAAGGAAACAAUACUAGAAAUGGGAAAAAUCAGGUGAAAGGUGAGAAGAAAAGCGUUGGGGUCAAGCAAUACUAAACACGCAAGGAAGACGUGAAUAAACUUCGUCAACAAGCAUCACAGCCUCGAGCGAGAUGUUGUGAACUAUUGUCCACUUGCAAAUGAUGUUUUCAUAUCAACCCACAGCAAUCCACCAGAUAUUAGUUUUCUAAGUUUUAUGUAAUGAUAAUAUUCAACUGUGAGUCUUCUACAGUAUUAAUUCUCGCUUGUAAGAUAUUGCACAGAGAAAACAUCAACUGUAAAUUGUCCCAUCGGCUACAUUUAUUGCUUUUUUAGUGCUUUUGUUGAAUACCAACUACUUUGCCUUGCUUUUGAAGUUGCCUAUUGCCUAUAAGUACAGAUAUUUGAUUCCAGCUGCAUUCAUUCUGAUAAAGUGAUUUUGUGAAUUAUUUGAUUGUCUAGAAUAAUUAAUUAUUUGCUCACAUCUGAAUGCUUGAAAUUGCUUAA